AUGAAUUAUAGCUCAUUAAAAAAAAAUUUAAUAAUUAAAUUUAAUGUAGAUAAUAAAAAUGAUAUUAAUGAAAGGAAAACUAAAAUAAAAUCUAUUAAUAAGAAGGUAAAUUUAAAUUUAAACGAAAAUUAUAAAACUAAUGAAAUUAAUAAUGAUGAGAAGAAUGAAUUUGAUAUUUUUCUUGAAAUGGAUUGCAUACUAAAAGAAAAGACAACUAAAAAAAAUGAGAAUGUUUUAAAUAUUAAAGAGAAAAGUCCUAUUAAUAAAAAUAACCAAAGUGAAAAUGUUAAUUUAAUUAAAAAUUUAAAUUGUAAAAAUAAUAAAGAAAUAUAUAAAAAAAAUAACUAUAAUGAAGAAAAAGGAAAAAUGUUUAAAAAAAAAAUAGAUAUAGUAGAGGCAAGUUUUAGUGUGAUAAAUAAAUGGAAUAAUCAUAAUGAUCUGAUAGAAUUCGUUAAAAAUAAUUUAAAAAAUAAUGAAUUUAUAUAUGUAAAAAGAUUCUCUAAUAAUUGUUUUGAAAAAAUUGACUCUAGAAACAAAAAAGAAACCGAUUUUAUGUCCAUUUCACCAAAUGGUGUAAUGAUAAAUGAAAAGAAUGAAUCAACUUUUUACGAAUUAAAUGAAUGGAGAAACUACAUAACUUUAUUAAAUUCUGCCUUAAAUUUAAAAUUUGUUAAAAAAUUUAAAUUAUAUAAAUAUUUUUUUUUACUAAAAAAUUUGAUAAAGUACACAAAAUUUAAAAAAAAGAAAAGUUACAUUAAAGAAAAUUUAUUAUUUUUGAAUGAAGAUUUCUUUAAAGGGUUUAUACAAAUACAAACUAUCCUACAUGAAUUAAGCGAUAAUAAAUUAAUUGAUAUAAGUAUAAAUAAUAUGAGCAUAGAACAAUUUAAAGAAAUUCAAAAUGAUUAUUUUUUAAAAAUUGAUAGUUUUAUAAAAAAAAAGUUGAAACAUAUAACAAAUAUAAUUUGUAAAUAUUGCAUUAAAUCAUUAAAUAAUUUUUUAAAAAAAAAUGGAAUUGUAGACGAUGAUAAUAAAAUAAUUAAUGAAUUAAGUGUGUAUGAAAAUAAAGAAAUUUUUAAAGUGUACCCAAAAAUUAUAAAUAAAAAUAUAUCAAAAAAUAUUCAAAGAAAUAACACUAAUGUAGAUGUAUACUAUAAUAAAAUAGCUUUGAGCAACUGUUAUUGUAUUUAUAUAAAGCGAUUUAUUCAUUUAAGUCAAUAUUUAUGUGAUAAUACAUUAAGAAAUAUGAUCAUUAACACGUAUGAAUAUUUUCUAAAGUUAUUAAAUAAUUAUUUUGAAGUUAAUGAAGAAAAAAAAAGUGAGAAAAACAAUAUAAGCAAAAAUAAUGAUAAUAAUACUUUUAGAAAUGAUGGGCCAUAUAAAUUAAUUAAAAUGGAUGAAAAUGAUAAUAAUACUAACCAGAAUGAUAACAAUAAUAACAAUAUUAAUAAUAACAAAAGCAAAAAUGAGAUAUGCUUAUUUAAUGUUAUGUUAAUAAUAGAAAAUAACAAAUUGAAAAUAACACCUGAGUAUGAUUUAUUGAUAAAUACCAUUAUGUAUUACAUUAAUAUGAGUUUACAAAAUUUAUGCAAGAGAGAAGAGUUUUUUAAUUCUUUUAAAAUAAAAGAAUUUUUCAAAAAUCAAAUAUUUACUGAUAAUAUUAUAUAUAAAGAAAAAAAUAACGAAGACUUGAAUUAUGAUAAGAAUUUUUCUAAUUUUAUUAAUAGUGAUGAAACAAUAAGUAAACUUCAUUCAGAAUUAAAAGAUAAAAUGGGAAUAUUAUAUAAUUCGAUGGUUGAUGUGUGUAAUGAUUUUAAUGAUAUCAUAAAAUUGCAUAAUAAAUAUGAAAAAAUAGAUAUAGAAAAAAUAAAUAUAAUGGACAAUAAUUUUAUUUCCUAUCUAUUUACCUCAUUUAAAGAACAUGAGAAUAAAAUAAAAAGAAUGAAUAAAGAAAUAAAUAUUCAUUUAUUUAAAGUUGAUAAUACUGCAUUGAUUGAUUAUUUAUUAAAAAAUAUAAAUAAGAAAUGGAAUAAUUUGAUUAAUUAUUUACCGUCAUUAAAUAAUCAAACAAUUGAUGAUUUAACGAUUAAAUUAGAUAAUUCUCUUAAUAUUAUUAAUAAAACUCCUGCAACUAUUGAUGAAUUAGUUUCUUAUAUAGAUUUUGCUAAUUCAUUUAAUGACGAAUUAGUAACAGUAGAAGAAAAUAUUGAAUCGAUUUCUUCCUUAUUUUUAUUAUUUAAAAAAUAUUAUAUUAAUAUUAGUGGCAAUCAAACAACGAAGAUUUUUCAUAUCAAUCAAAAAAUUAACUCUUUAAAAUCUAUCUUAAAUAAUGAAAAAAAUUAUGAUCUUCAAUUCAAUGAUUUAUAUAAAGAUUUAAUUUUUCGCAUUAAUGAAAUUGAAAAAAAAAUUCAAAAUUUCGUGAAUAUAAUGAAAACUAAUAUCUUGGAAAAUAAUGUUAAUUAUUCAUUAAAUGAUAUUCUUCAAGAAAUUUAUUUUGUUACACCCAUUAAUGAUAUAAAUCAUAUUUAUUAUACAAAAAAUAAAGAAAGAAAUAAUAAUGAAAAUGAUAUUGUCAAUCAAGAGAAGAAGACAAAUAAUGAUUUAACUAAGCUAGAUUAUAGUGUAAAUGAUUCAUUAUAUAAUAGAUUAAGUGAUGAUAUAAAUGAAACAAAUGAUUAUAUAAAUAAAUUUUUUAUUAAUGAAAAUAACGAAAUAGUAAUCAAUGAUGAAAUGAAAAAAAAAUUUUACACUUUUGAACUUCUUGAAUUUUUAAGAAUAAAAAUAAUAAAUAUAAAAAAAGACGUAGAUAAAUAUAUAUAUUAUCAAAAAGUUUUAAAAAAAAAGAAAAACGAAUUUGUUAAUUUUAGUUUAUUAAGCAAUAUGUUCAUAAAUAAUAGCUUAACGAUAUAUACCUUUUUCAAAUUUAUAUGUUAUAACGAGAAAUACAAGAAACAAAAAAUUUUUAAUAUUAAUUUAGAAGAACUAUCAAAUGAAAUAAAUAAAAUAAAUGUGUACUUUAAAGAGAUUAAUAAAAAUUUUGUGAAUAAUGAAUUUUAUGAAAAAUGUAAAAAAUUUCAUAAAACUUAUGACAAUGUAUUGAAAAUUUUGAAAUUACUUAAGGUAAUAUAUAAGAACGAAAAAUAUUUUAAAAGAGCUAUUGAUAUACUGAAUUAUUCUAAAAAUAUUGAAAAUACAGAAAAUAUAAAUAACUUAUACAAAAUGAAUACAGGAGAUUCAACAAAAGAAGAAAAUCGUAUUUUACAAAAGGGAAAAUUGACAUAUAAUUAUAAUAAUAUAAACCUCAGUGAUUUAUUUAAUCUUUCUUUUGUUAAUAGCUUACCUGAAAUAGAAAAUAUAUGUUUUGAAUACGAAAAAGAAAAGAAAAUAAAUGAAAAAUUUCAAAUUUUAAAAAAUACAUUGAAAAAAUAUAAAGUAGAUGUUAGUCUAAUGAAUAAGAAAAUAUAUUUUAUUAAUAAUAUAGAUGAGUUGAUUACGCAUUUAAAACAAAUUCUUACAGAAUUAUUUAUAAUUGAAAAUGAUAAAUUUAGUAAACAUUUAUAUGAGGAUAUGUAUAAAUUGUCAGAACAAAUAAAGAAUUUCACUAACAUUUUAACUGCUAUAAAAAAAAUACAAACAUAUUAUUUAAAUUUACAAAGACAUAAAAACAAUGAAUUAAAAAAAUUUCUAAAGUUAGACUUAUCCAUUAUCAUAAAAAAAUAUAAACAACAAUGCGAAGAGUUUUUUGUUUAUCCUCAAAUAACAAAACACAUAGAAAAAAAUUAUGAUUUAACGUACUUUAAAACAUUUAUGCAGCAAUUAAAAGAGAUAAUCAUUGAUGCCGAAAAGCAUAUACUAGAUAAAAGAAAUGAAUUUUAUGCAUUUUAUUUAUUAAACGAUGAUGAUUUCUUAAAAGUAUAUUUAGAUUUGAAAGAUAUGAAAAGUUUAAACAGUUAUGUAAAUAAAAUAUUUCCUAAUAUUAAAAAAAUAAUUUUUCAAAAUGAAACAAUAUGCGGUGUUUUAACUAACGAUAACGAAAGAAUAAUAUUUAAAGAAGAAAUAAAAUUUAAAAAGAUGGAAUUUUUACUAAAUGAAAUUAGUAACGAAAUAAAGAAUUCUGUAAUGAAAAAUAUUCAUACUUAUGUUAAAAGUAAAAAUUUUUUUUCAACUUUAAAAGAAGAUUCAUAUUUAUAUUUUAUUAAUAUAAACAAUCUGCAAUUAUUAUUUAUUUUAUUAAACAUAUAUUUUACAUAUGUCUUGGAAUAUGUUCUUAAAAAUCCAUUAAAAAAUAAAGAUAUUGUUUUUAUUAUUUCACAAAAUAUUUCUAAAAUGAUAGAAGAAAGAAAUGAUAAUAAAAAUAAAGCAAAUGAAAAGGAAAAUAAUAAUCAUAAUAAUAAAUCUUAUGCUUAUGAUAAGAAAAAUUGGAUUUUUAUUUUAACUUUUUUUAUGUAUAUAAAAGAAAAAUUUCAAAAUUUUAUGAAUGAUGAAAAUAACUUAUCAACGAAUAGUUAUAAUUACUUAGAGUAUGUAAAACAUCAUUAUGAUAAAGAUUAUUAUAUUCAAUUUUUUCAUCACAAAAUAAAAUAUAAAUAUGAAUUAUUAAAUAAUUACAACUAUACAUUAGACAUGAUAUAUUAUGAAAAAAAUUAUAAUUUCUUAUUUUACAAAUAUUUAUCUAAUAAUUUUAUUACACUAUAUUCCGAUAGUUCAUAUUCUAUUAAUUACUCUAAGGAUUUCUCCACACUUUUAGGUUUUCAUUUUUUUUUCAUUAAUAAUAUUAAUUUACAGAAAAAUGACAUAUUAAAUUUUAUGUCUUGUUGCUUAAGCUCUAAUAUAUCUUUAUUUUUUUAUGAAAUAGACAAAUAUAAGGAAGAUCUUUUAUCUGUAUUAAAUGAGCAAUUGGUUAAUAUAAGUAAUCACAUUCUAAAUAAGAAAAAAACUAUAAUUGUAAAUAAUAAUGAAUUUAAUUUAAAUAAAAAAAAUCUUAUAUAUUUAUCAUUAAAUAAAAACUCUUUUCCUUUAUAUGAUUAUUUUUCUGACAAAAAUUAUAAUUUCAAAAGGCUACAAUUUUCAUUUUCUUUUUAUCAGCCUUCUAAACCCUUCUCAUUAUCUAUUUUUUUUUUGCUUUUUUUCUCUUAUGGAUGUUCAAAAUGUGAUAUAUUGUCGAUGGCUACAUAUAAAGCAUUCUUUUAUUUAAAACAACAUAAUUCAUUAAAAAAAUAUAUAGAUGAAAAAAAGUUAGUCAAUAUUGUAAAAUCAACCUUAAAAAAAAAAAAAAACGAAGAAGAAUUUAUUAUUUCAAAAAAAAUAAUAAAAUAUGUAUCUAGUUUCGUAGAAAAUAAUAAAUUAAUUGAAUUAAUUAACAAUAUUUGCUUGAUAUUUGAUUUAUCAAAAAAUUCUCAAGUAAAGUUGCUACAAUUGGUAGAUAAAAAAGAAAAAGAAAAAGAACAGUAUUCUGAAGUUGAUAGCAAUUCACAAGAAUCAAAAGAUAAAAAAAAUUUCAAAAACCAAAUUAAUAAAAUUGUUACUCAUUUAAUAAAAGAAACUAAAUUGAAUUUCUUAAAAUAUCAAGUGAAUAAAGCUAUAGAAAUAUACAAAAUAUUAAAUUUUAAAAGCAAAAAGGAAAAUACUUACAAUAAUGAAGAAGAAAAAAAAGUCAAACAUAUUUUGAUAACAGGAAAGAAUUAUUCAGGAGUUAAUACUAUUAUUUUUCUAUUAUAUAAUUUUUUAAAAAGUUUAGAAAAAACUGAAUUCUCAUCUUUUGAUUUGUGUUUUAUUGAAAGAAUCAAUAUAAGUUAUUGCUUGAAAGAAGAUGUUUUAAAAUUCGUGUUUCAUCCAAAAAAUUAUUUUAUUUCAGAACAAGAACAAAAUGAAGAAAAUGAAAUAGAAAACAGUUUAAUGAAGGAAAAUAAAAAUGAAAAAAAUUUACAAAAGGAUGCAAUAAAUAAAAAAUGUAUUAAAAUAGAAAAAGAAAAAAAAAAAACUAAAUUAUUUUACAAUAAGACAAACAAAAAUUAUAUUAAUGAUUUAGAAUACAUAAAAUUAAAUUUAAAUAGAAAUGAAGAAAAUUAUAUAUAUAAAAAUAAAAUGUUAUUAUUAAAAUUUAUAAGUGUGAGAGAAAUAGAUUUAAUAGAAAAAAUGUGUAAUUAUACAUUAAAAAAAAAUAUGUGUAGUGAAAUAAACAAAGAGGAUAAUGAUUUUAAUUAUAAUUGUUUUAUAUUCAAACCAGAUAGUUUAAACAAAAUUUCUCCUUAUAUUAUUGAUAAAUUUCACUAUAUAAAUAUAAAUCAUACUAUUCCUUAUAUUUCUUUUAUCACAUAUUUAGUAGACCAAAUAAAGAUAUAUAAAUUUUCAAAAAAAAAAAUUAUAAAAUUAUUCGAAGAUCUUAUAAUUGAAACUUUAAAUUUUUUUAAAAAACAAAAAAAAAAUGUUCAAAAUAUUUGCAGCAAAGAAAAAUUUUACAAUAGAGAAGAAAUCAAGGAAGAAAAUAAAAUAGAAGAAGAAAAUGAAAAUAAAAAUGACUACUUUAAUAGUAUUAAUAAAGAAGGGCAAAAUGAAAAAAAAAAAAAUAGCGAUAAAGAAACUGAAAAUAAAAAAAUUAAUGAGUAUGUAGGAAAAAAUAUAUAUGAAGAAGAAUACACUAAAAAUUUGAGCGAAAAUGAAGAGAAUAAUAAUCCUAAUGAAGAAAGUAAAAAUACUAAAAAUGAAGAUGAGGAAUCUGAAUUUUUCAAAGAAGACGUUAUUGAAUUUUAUCAAGAUAACAAUAUAAAUAUAAAAAUUCAUAUAAAUACGUUAAUAUCCAAUUUUGUUAAGUUUAUUGAAUAUUUCUUAAAUUUAUUGAAAGAGAAAAAAGGAUUUGAUAAAAAAAUAGUUGACAACCACUUAAAUAAUAUUAUUACUAUUAGCUUUAUAUAUGCAUUUACAUCUUUUAUGAGUAAUCAAUUAAGAAGUAAUUUUGAAAAUUAUAUUUUUAAAUAUAUUAACAAUAUAUCUAUUAUUCCAAGAAAUACUUCUUUUGUGCACAUUUACUAUAAUAUUGAAAGUAAUAAAAUUUUAAGACAAGAAAAAGUAUAUAAAAAUGAAAAUAUAAUUAUUGAUAAAAAAAAAUUAAUAAAUAAUCUACUAAUAGCUAAUAAUAAUUAUUUCAUUUUCGAAGAUUUACAUAUUUUAUCCAUAAAAAAUUUUUUGAAAAUGUCUAUCUACUUGCGUAUGCCUUUUAUAAUAAUGGGUUACUCUAAUUCUGCGAAAUCUUUAUGCACUUACAAUUAUUUAAAUUCGCAUAAAAAAAAGAAAAAUAAUAUUUAUAAUUUUAUGUUUUCUUUUAGUUAUUUAUUUAGUUAUAAUCAAAUAAUUCAAAAAUUAAAAAAAGAAUUUGAUUUUUCUAAAAAGUAUAUUUCUGAUGAUAUAACAAUAUAUCUGGAUGAUAUUAAUUGCCUAAACAAUGAAAAUUCAUUAAAUACAAUGGAAUUUUUAUAUAAUUUAAUAAAUUUUAAUGAUUUUUUUGAUGUCGAAUAUAAUAAACAAAUAAUACUAUCAAACAAAAAAAUAAUAUGUUCAUUAAAUAAUGAAGAUAUCACUAUUACAAAAAAUAAUUAUCACAGUCUUUCUAAACUAUACAAGAAUUUUUUUAUUUUUAACCUUUCUACUUUAACAACAAAAGAUAUAAAAUGCCUUUAUUCAAAUAUUAUAGAAUCCUUAUUUCAAAAAUAUAAUUUUUGUGAAGAAAUAAUUAAUGAAUGCAAUAAUUUUAUUAGUUGCAUUUUGGAAACAUUUGAAGAAAUAAUAAGGAUAAAAGAAAAUAAUAAAUUUUAUUUUUAUACAAAUAAAAUUAAUAACAUAUUAAAUUAUUUAUUACUAUACGAUAAAGAAUGUAGUAAUAGUAUUAAUGACAUUUUAAUCUUAUUUCAAAAUGAUUUUUAUAGAAUUUUUUGCAAAGAUAUUGUUUCAUAUAAAGACAGAAUGAACUGCAUAGAAAUUAUUAAAACGAAUUUUGAUAAAUAUUUUAAUAAAUAUAUGAUUUAUAAAAAUGAUGAUUUAUUUUUAAAUUCAAAUAAGCAUAUCACAAUUGAAAAUAAAAGUAACUUGUAUAAUGAUCCAUCUAGCAAAUUAAAUAUUUCUUAUUUAAAAACAUUCUUUGAAUAUGAUAAUAUAGAAAUAUUUUAUAAAGAUAUAAUAAAUUUAAUAUUAACAAUAAAUAGCUAUUUAAUUAUAAAUAGAACUAAUAUAAUUUUUAUUAAUAAUCAAAAGGAUUUAUUAUCAAAAAUAAUUACUAUAUAUUGCCAAUAUAAAAGUUAUAAUUGUGUUUUUUUACAAGAAAAUUUAGAGUGCAUUAAAGAACAAAUUAAAGAAACCUAUAAAAACACAAUUUAUUUAAUAAAUAAAAAUAAGGAAAACUUUAAUAAUAAUGAAAAUAGUAAUUAUAAUGAAAACAGUAAUGAUAAUUGUAAAAAUAUAUUUUUUUCUAAAAUUAUACCUAUUGACGAAUACUUAAGUUUGUUUGAUAAUGUUAUUUACAAUGGUAAUUUAGAUGUAUUAUAUGAAAAUUUUCGAAAUGAAUUCUAUUUAGAGAUUAUAAACAUUAUAAAACAUCAAGAAAUUAGUAUUGAAGGUAAUUUUGAUAAUUAUAUUUUCCCUUUAUUAUUAGACAAAAAUCAUUUUUUAUUUUAUACAGAAGAUUCUAACUCCUUAUAUAACAAUUACUACAAUAAAUAUAAAAAUUUAUUUAAAAGUUGUUAUUUUGUUUAUUUAAAUUUAUAUAAUUUUGAAGAAAGUAAAAUAUUCUUAUUCAAUAUAUCAUUUCCUAUUUAUAACUAUAUUAGAAAUAUGAUAACAUAUUCAUUUGAAGUAACAUCUACAUUUAAAGAAAAUAUCUUCCUUGAUGAAAUUGAUAGUAAAGAGUCUCUUUAUUUUUCAAGAAUUAUAAAUAAUUUAAAUACUAGAGUAAAGAAUAAUAAAAAAGAUAUAAAAAUAGAAAAUAAAAUUUAUAAUAAUUGUAUAUCAUACUUAAUUAAAAACACCUAUGAAAUGUAUUAUAAGUUUAAAAAAGAACAAUUGAAUGAAUUGUUAUGCAAAAAAGAAAAAUGUAAAAAAAUAAUAACUGACUUUUUUGAUCAAAAUGUAAUAAAUAGAAUAAAAGAAUUAAAAAUACAGAUAAAAAACAUUAAAGAAGAAAUUAAUAAAUUCAAAAGUUGUAUAAAUGAAGAAUUAAUAAAAUAUAAGAAAGACAUAUUUACAACAAGAGAUAAUUUAAAAAGAAUUACAAAAAAAGAUUUUGAGUAUUUUAAACAAAAUAAUAAAAACAACUAUCUAGGAUUUUUGAAAAUUUUAUAUUUAUAUAUUAAUAAAAAAAAUGAUAAAAAUUUUAUAAAAAACACAUUUAGUUACAGUUACUUUAUAAAGAAAAUUAAGAAUAUAGACGAAAACUCUAUAAACAAAAAUUUUAUUUUAAAAUAUGAAAAUAUUUCUAAUGUAGACAAGUUUCUAAAUUAUAAAUUCAUUUUUAUUCUUCAUAUUUUUAUCGUUUCAGUUAAUAAUUAUGUAAAAAAAAAGGAUUCUCUAAAUAACGAAUAUCAAAAAAUACUUAAUUUAGAAAAAGAAAUAUUUUCUUUAAAUGAUCAAAUAAAUACCUUAAGAAGUAGUGCUAUUUCUAUCGAUACUCUUACAAUACUAGGAGAAGUAAUAUCAAUUCAUAAGAAAAUUAAGAAAGAGAUAAAAAAUAAAAAAUCACUUCUUCUUUAUAAAUCUAUUUUAUUUAAUUAUUGUUCUUCUUUUAAUUACAAAGAAAAAAUGAAAUUUCUAAAAUUAUUAGUUAACGAAAAAAAGAAAUAUUUAUAUUUAUGUAACACUUCAGAAUGUAUAUAUGGUGAAAACAAGAAUGAAAAAGAAGAAAACAUAAAUACAGAAUAUUUAUUAAAUUUUAAAAAUUUUAUUGAUACACCUUUUCUAAAGAAAUAUGGUGAAAUGAAAUUGUGCAAUGAUGAUAUGAUAAUAUUUAACUGCCAUUUAUUAGAUAAUAUAAAAGAGAAAAUAAUAAUAUGUAUUGAUUCUUUUUAUCAAUUAAAAAAAUACCUUUUGAAAAAAUUAAAAACAGAAAAAAAAAAUUAUUGUUAUAUAAAAUAUCAACAUUUCUAUAAUAUAUCAUCUUUUUAUUCUGGAGAAGAUAACAAGCAUGAGGAAGAAGAAGAAAAAGAAGAGACGGAAAUAAAUUAUAAUAAUAAAGAUAGAAAUUUUACAAAAUUUUUAAAUAACCUAAAAUAUUACAAAAACAAUACCUGUUGUUUGAUUUUCAGAGGAAUAGAUGAAAAUAUAUAUAAAAUUUUAAAUGAAAAAAAUAUUAGCACUAUCUAUAUUUUUUUAGAAAAUUAUAAAGAAAUUAAUUUUGAAAAAAUCUAUCAAAGCUAUCAUGUUAUUUACUGUGACUACAAAAAAAAGAAUAUUCUUAAUUUGCUAUUAUAUUACUAUAACAAAAUAAAAAAUAUAAAUUUGAUUAGAAAUUUCUCUACAGUUGAAAAUGAAAACUAUGAAGAAAAAAUUAUUAAUAUAUCAAUGAAUUUUUUAAAUAAAAAAAUUAAUGAAAGAGAAAUGAUAGAAGAAUUUUCAAAGGAAAAGGAAAAAUAUGGAGAAAUAUUAAAUAAUAUUGAAAUAACAAAUGUAGAUGAAAAGAAUAAGAAAAAUAAUUUUAUUUUAAUUUAUGUAUUCUAUUUAUUGAUACAAACUAUAAGAACGUGGAAAAAAAAAUAUAAUAUUUCGAGUUUGUAUUUUUUAAAUAUUGUUAAAGUGUUUUUUCAAAAAUAUAAUAUUGAAAAACAAAAUUCAGAAAAAGACAUUUUAAACUUUUUUUAUUUAUAUAUUUUAUCAUUCUUAGAUAAUAAAAAUAUUUUAACCGUUAAUUUUAUACUUAGUCUUUUUAUAGAUAUUUAUUUAUAUAAAUUAAUAAAAUUAAAAGAUAUAUUUUUAUUUUUUAGAAAUUACAAUAAAAAAGGUGAAAAAAAUAUAAUUCAGAAAGUUAUUAAAAAUAAAAUUAAGAAAAAAAUAAUUAAAAAUAAAAAAAUAAAAAAUGAAAAAUAUAUAGAAACAGAGGAAACUUUCUUAAAUAAAAGAAAUGAUAAAAUUAUAAAAUCAUUGGAAGAAAGUUUAGGAAAAAAGAAAAAUGAUCAUUAUUCUCUCAAUGAAAAAGGGGAAUGUGAAGGUGUGUUUGAAAGUAAUAAUUAUUAUAAUGCUAUUGAGGAUUAUUAUGGUGAGAUGUGUGAUAGUUCUUUUGAUAGUGAUAAUAUUUAUGACAAUGGCUAUGAUUUAGUAGAAGAAUUAGAGAAACAAAAAGAAACAAAUACAGAGGAAAUAAAAAUACCAGUGGGGCAUAAUAAAGAAGAUGAAGAAAAAGUAAAAUAUAUGAAAGAUGAAAAUAAUUUAAAAGAAUUAAUCAUUAAUUUAGAUGGAUCCCUUAAAUUACUUUACAAUAAAAGAAAGAAAUUAAAAAGUUUAUUUUACGAAAAAUCAUCAGAAGAUAGUGAAGAAUCUGACUUUAACUCCAAUUACAGUGACUAUAGUGAAGAAGAAGUAUGUAAAUUAAAAAAAGAAAAUCAAAAGAUUAAUGAGUUAUCUAUAAUAUAUUAUUUAGAAGAAUUAAAAGAAUUAAGAAAUUCAAAAAAAUAUAUUUUUAAAAGACUAUUGAAAAGUAUAAGUGAUAAUAAAAAUGAGUGGGAUAACUACAUAAAAAAUAAUGAUAGCACUUAUAUAAAUGAUUUUCCUUUGAAAGAAUUAAAUAACUCUUCUAUGUAUUAUUAUAGAUUAUUGAUUGAUAAAAUUAUAAAAAAAAAUGAUCUAUAUAUUUCUAUUAAUAAUUAUAUAAAUAUAAAAUUAUCAGAUAUAUAUAUUGAUAAGAAAGUAAUAUACUGCAACUUUUAUAAUUUUAUAAAUAAAAUUAUUAAUAGUUUCACUUUUUCAAAUGAAACAAAGAAUUCAAAUAAAUCAAAUGACAAUAAGGAAGAAUUCAGUAAAAAUAUAGAGAAAAAAAAAAGCAUAUUAUCUGAUCAAAUAAAUAGUAAUAAUUAUCUUACUGAAGUUUUUAAUGAAAGAAAACAGAUUACUAUUCUUUUAGAAAAAAAUAAAUAUAGUUUUAUAUUAUUAAAAAUUUUUUUAAAUAGUAAUAAUGUGACUUAUCUAGAUUUGAAAAACAAUUGUCAAACAAACUUGGCAGAUAUUAUUAUAGUAGAUAUUAAAAAUAAAGAAGAUAGUUAUAAACUAGAAAAUUUAGUAAAUGAUAACUUAAAAAAAAUUUUCUUAAUAUUUUAUUUUGAUAUUAGUACAGUCACUUUCUCUGUGAUAAAAAAUUCUAUCUUAAUUAACUUUGAUUUUAGCUCGUGUUCAAUCAACUAUUUGAACUUUUUAUACUUUAUUAUUAAAUCAUUAAAUUAUAAAAAUGUAAAUGAUAAUAAUAUUAACUCAAAAUACAUAUUCCUUGUAAUUUUAUUUUUUACAGUAAUAAAUGAACAAAUAAAUUUAGAAAAUUUGCAAUUAGAUUUAGAUUUGAUUAACGAAAUGACCUUUUUAAUUGAUCUUUUUUGCAACGUUGUGAAUUUGAUAAAAGAUGAAGAAAAAUAUAAAGAGUUUUUCUAUAAUUACUUUAGAAUAUCUUUAGAGUUUUUAUUUUCAAGAAAUUCUGUAUUAAUAAAAAAUAUGAUAUUCUCGUUUUUAUGCAAUUUCUUUUCUAAUAAAAUGCAUAAAAAUGUUUUAUCAAAUAUAAAUAAUAUCUUAAAAAUACCUACUAAUCUUUAUAGAAUAGAUCAGCUAAUUGAGUAUAUUAAAAACAAUUUUCAUUUAAUUCAAGAAUUUUCUCAGCAAAAUAAAAUUUCUCAUAUAUGUGAGAUAAAUUAUCAAAUAAAAUCACUAAAAAAUAUUUUUAUUUCUAGUUCUUUUAUUAACAAAUAUCAAAAAUUAGAAAUCUUUAAAUUAAUUUUUUCAUCUUUUGAUAUUUUCUCUACUUUUACUUUUAUAAAACCAGCGAUUAAUGCAACUGUCAAAUUGAUAUAUUUAACUGAAGAAUAUAAUACUUUGUUGCAUUAUAUAAAUGAGAUAAAAAAGGAAAUUCAAUAUUUUGUCAAAAUUUUGCAGUUAAGCAAACCAUUAGAUAAUUAUUAUUUAAAUAUAAAAAAUAUCAAUUUAAAAUUUUUGAUACCAGAAAAAUGGGAAUUCAAUGAUGAAAAAGAAAAAAAUUUGAAAAACUUUUUCAUAAAUAUUGAAGCAAAAUUAAAAUAUCUUAAAGAAAUUAUUAACAAAGAACAAAGAGGAUGCAACAAUAUAUAUAAUAUAUCUAUGUUUACGAACCCUUUACUCUUUUUUUAUUCUCUUUUUUUUACUUAUGCAACUAAUAUGAAUACAAAAAUAGAAAACUUAAAUAUCUUUUUUAAAUAUUCUGAAGAAAUUAAUACAAAUGAAGACGGAAUAUGGUUAGAACCAAUAAAAAUAUAUAAAAGUAAAUUUGUGAAAUCUACUAAUGAUAUAUGCCAUAGUAAAAUACAUAAAAAGAAUGCAGUAUAUUUUAAAAUAUCAAGUGAAGAAAAUAAAAUAGAUGAACAUCGUAACUUUAUUUCUGAAGAAAAUGAAACAGAUGAAGAUAUAAUAAAUAAAAAUAAAGGGGAAAAUAAUAAUUUUAUUAUUAAUUAUGAAAAAGCUAAAGGGAAAAAUUUUUAUUAUAAUUCACCAUAUAUAUUGAUAAAAAUAAAAAAAAAAAAAAAUGAAAAUUUAGAAGUUAAGGUAAACAAUGAUGAUAAAAAAAAUAGGCAUGUUACUAAUGAAUUAAUUCAAUCACAAAAUAAUAAUUUAAACUCAUUCUUUGAAUUAUUUAAAAAUAAUGAUGAGUUUGAUAAUAAUGAUUUUGUCUAUUAUUGCCCUGUUUUUAAAUUUAAUCCAUCUACAAAAAAAAAUGAUAAGUUAUUAUUUUUUUUGCCAUUGCCAUGCAUAUAUAAUAAAAUAAUUUACAAAAAAUUUAAAGUCCAUAUGUUAUUAUAA